AUAGAAACUAUCAGCUGAUCAGCUGAUGUCAAAAAGAUGCGCGCAGUCACAGACUUCUCUCCUAUGAUACAAUAUUAAAUUAAAUUUAGCAAGUAAUGUCACACUCUAAAGUUUGGCAAUAUGGGAUACCGUUUAUGAUCUUUAUAUUCGGCGGAUCGUAUGGCCUUCGUGAAUUUACAGAAUUAAGGUAUAAAUAUAAAAAUAUAACUGAAUAUUCGAUACGGGAUGAAUUGGAGAAAAAAGGAGUUGAGACAAGACCAUUGGAGGAAAUCACCAUAGAAAAGGAAUAUGAAAAAUUAGAAAAGGUUGAUUUAGAUAAUUGGAAGAAUGUCAGAAUUCCAAGACCAUGGGAAGAACAAGAAAGUACAAAAGUUUAGUUAUUGAUAGAACAUGUUACUCUAUUUUGUCAACUUACAAUUAAUAAUGAGCAAUAUAUAAUUAAUUUAUCAGCCUUA